UAUUUAUUUUGACCUUAAAAAUGUUGGCUACACUUCGGCUUCUCUUUCCUCCAUCCUAUAACAACCACCUUAGACAAAGCCACCAAAACUAGAGGUAAGCCUGCUAUUAAGGUGUAUGUGUAAAUGCGUGUGUGACGAAAACUUAGCUAUUGCAGUUUUUCUUGUCUCCUUUUUCCCUUUUAUUGAUAUUUCCUUCUGAAAAAUCAGUUUUUCCAACUGGGAUUCCAACAGGAAAUUAAGAGAAAGAAAAAUAUUACAUAUUGGAAUAUAAUGGGAGAUCAAGGGAAUGCAUAUAUUGCUUGUCAAGCUGCAGAUAAGAUUGCAACUUUUGGUGUAUGGAUAAAGAGAAAUCCUUUAAAUUAUUCUGUGCCUCUUAUUUUAGUGCAGUUCUCACUAAUUUCUAUAACAUCAAUGCUGAUUGAUAUCUGCCUCCGGCCUCUUGGACAAUCAUCUAUGGUCACUCAAAUUUUUGGUGGAAUGUUGCUUGGCCCUUCAUUGUUAGGACACAAAAGUUCCAUAGGAAGUUUAUUAUUUCCUCCAAGAGGUGCGUUGACAUUUGUAACAGGAGCAACAUUCGGUCUAAUGUUCUUCUUUUUCGCGAUAGGCGUAAAAGCAGAUCCGAUGAAGAUGAUCCGACCAGGAAGGCAGGCAGCUGUCUUAGGUAUCUCAGCAAUGUUUGUUACAUUGGCACUUACUUUGCCGUUAUCUUUCAUAUUAAUUCGUUAUGUCCCCAUGGACGGGACUCUAGCCGAAUCCCUACCUUUCAUUGCAGCGUCACAAUGUCUAACACCUUUUCCAAACAUCUCGUGCCUACUUACGGAGCUUAAGAUGUCGAACAGUGACUUAGGCCGUAUUGCAGUAUCAGCAUCCAUGUUAUGUGAUAUAAUUGGCAUAACCUUAGUUGUUAUAUUACUUUCAAUAUUACAGGCGAAUUUCAAUCCACUCCAAUCAGUAGUGGGAAUUAUAGCAGCAUUUCUAUUUGUGGUUUUUUUGGUGUAUAUAAUUAAGCCUCUUCUGUUAAGAAUUCUAAGAAGAAUACCACAUGGGAAAUCUGUGGGAGAGAACUACAUCAUUGGAACUUUUACAUGUGUUCUUGUAGUUGGAGUAAUCAGUGAGCUAAUUGGCCAGCACUUUGUACUUGGACCAUUAGUCUUAGGUUUGAUGGUGCCUGAAGGGCCGCCUUUGGGAACAGCCCUGAUUUCGAAACUUGAUAUCCCGGUAGGGAAGAUAUUCUAUCCGAUAUAUCUCACAACGAGUGGUCUGAAAACGAACAUUUUCAAAAUUCACCUUCAGUCAUUGUGGAUUUGUUUAUCCAUAGUUUUGUUUUCUUGCAUAGUCAAGAUUGGAGCAGUAGUAUUGUCGUCUAGAUAUCUGCGUAUAAACUUUCAAGACUCCUUCGUGAUUGGACUCAUGAUGAAUGCAAGAGGCAUUUGCGAACUGAUUGUUUACAACUUGUGGAAGGACGGCCUGCUUCUGACAGAUCAAGAGUUCUCCAUUAUUGUUAUCGCGUUGAUUGGAGUUACUGCAAUCAUAACACCGUUAAUAAAGUUCAUGUAUGAUCCUUCAGAACAACGAGUUCCUCUCAAGAGGAGGACAAUUCAGCAUGCUAAACAGGAUGCUGAGCUCAGAAUAUUGGUUUGCCUCCAAAACCAAGAUAACGUACCGACCAUCAUAAACAUACUUGAAGCCUCAGACGCAACAGAAGAAAGCCCGAUUGCGGUCAUAGCAGUCCUACUUGAAGAGGUAGUAGGCCGAGCCAAUCCCUUGCUUGUUUCUCAUCAAUCCACGAGAAUCCUGCAGCCAAGCAACUCCAAAUCAAGCCAUAUAAUAAAUGCCUUGCGCCAAUAUGAGCUUUGCAAUGAAAGAUGCGUCACUGUCCAAUCAUUUAGUGCCAUCUCACACGCAGAAACAAUGCACGAAGACAUCUGCAGAGUAGCACUUGACCAGAAUGCUACAAUUGUGAUUCUACCUUUUCACAAGCACUGGGAAAUCGAUGGCUCCAUCGGGUUAGUGAAUCGCUCUAUUCAGACCAUGGACAUCAAAGUCUUGGAAAAGGCCCCAUGUUCCGUCGGCAUUCUCGUUGACAGGGGAACUUUAACCGGAUCAAUGUCUAUUCUCAACACUCAAUCCAUCUAUCGUGUUGCUGUCAUCUACAUUGGUGGUCCAGAUGACGCAGAGGCACUCUAUUAUGGUUCACGAAUGGGGAGACAUAACAAUGUCACUCUAACACUUGUUCGUUAUCUUCUUUUUGGAAGCGACAAUGCUAGAGAAAGGAAACAAGAUAACAUUCUAAUGGACGACGUUCGACAAGCUCACAAUGGAAACCAGAAUUUCAUAUACCAAGAACAGCUUGUGAAAGACGGAGUAGGCCUAACUGCAUCCCUUAGAGCCUUGGAAAAUAACUAUGAUUUAAUGAUAGUUGGAAGGAACCACCAAGCAUCACAAAUCCUAAUGGGGCUUAGUGCAUGGAGCGAGUGCCAGGAACUCGGCGUGGUCGGAGACAUUUUAGCGUCGACGGAUAUUGGAAGCACCGCCUCAGUACUGGUAGUGCAACAGCAAAGACUCCCUGGAGGAAAGUUGAUGAGUAGAAUGAUGAAACCAGUGAUAGUUAGUCUAGAAACAGGAGUUGAUGCAUCAGUCACUGGUGCAGUAACAACACCAGUAUCUAGUGAUGAUGCUAAAUGGGAGAUUGCAAUAGAUAGAGAUAGGGAUUAGGGGUUUGUUCAUGCAACACAUUUGAUUUUUGUACACUUCUUCUUGUAAUCAUAGGAAGAAAGAGCCAUUGCAGAAGCUGAAGAAAAUUUUACAAAUUUUUUGUACAGAAUGUAUGUGAUAGAACGCUCUUUCAAAAUCAAAAGAAAAGUUGAAUUUCUAAUGAAGAGUGGAAUUGUAAUGAAAUACAUUUUUUUC